AUGGUUGCCGAUAGGCGCAAUGAAGACCCUCUGCGCUGCACAAGCGCGGGCAUCCGAAUAGAUGCACCCCGGAUGCCACCCCCUCAUGCGGCGCCUUGCUUUUUACGCAACCUGUGGGGCAUUGAAUUCAGCUGGGGGAACCAGAAGUGCACAUGUCUUCGUUUGGCGGCGGGCGAGGAGCAAACCAGAACGCGCGCGGGAACCGUGGCAACAAUCGCGGAAACAAUCGAGGAAUUAGAGGAGGAGGAAGCAACAAUGGGGACCAGCGUGGACGAGGUCGAGGUCGUGGAGGUUGCGGCGGAGAUCAGCCCUUUCGAGGAUCGAGCCGUGGGCGGGGGAGCCCCAGCCCGGCACCGCCGCCCCGUCCUGACAGGGCACCCCGCCAAGCGCCCUGGCGUUGCGGAGUCAGACGUGCCGCAAGGGGAGGUGGAAGAGGUUGAGUUCUUUACGAUGGAGGGACUAUCUAUCGGCAACGGCAUGCAGAGGAGCGCCGACCUCAACAUGAAGCCUAGCGAGGUGCACAACCACCUCAAGGUAUUCCUGCAGCGGCAACAAUCCCUCGCACUGGACUCAGCGUAUCGGGUCGAGAGCUUCGUCAAGAUCUUCGGGAGCGUCAACAAGCGCAAUCCGCAUUGGAACACGGACUAUGCGCAGCGAUUUCUGGAUACCGUUGUCAACGGUGAUGCACUGCUCCUUGUUGCUCAAGUUCUGCAAUGGGAUUCAGUCUCGUGUGCUGCGACAACGUCCGGGCGUAAUCUGUCGUUUCAGAAAGGGUACUUCCCCCUGAUCGAGUUCUUCGCUUGCGAUAUGGUAUACAAGACAACGAUGUCCCAGAACGUCAACAAGCUUUUCACUGUCGUCAAAAACGGCUACGAGAAGAUCCACGACACUUUGUCGACAAACGUGGAGGCGAUGAUCACCGCACGGAGCUGGGCAGGCGUUGCGGGCUCGCAGCAGAGCCCGCUAGACGGCAUCCUCGUAUUCGAAGUCCUGACAACCUUCUACACCGAGUUCUUUGCUCGCUUCAAGAGCGCAGUCCGCGACUACCCGCAGAUCCUUACCUUCGUGGAGAACCUGGCGUCGUGGUUCAUCGUCUGGCGCGACGGUGUCAAUACCCGCACCUUCGCCGACCCCAUCGCCUCCAGCCCGCAGGACAUUCGCGGCCCUACGCUUGCGCAUAUAGGCAAGGACGUCGAGCGCCUGCUCUCCGUCGUCCAGCGCGAGUUUGGCGUCGCAGAGAAGCAGAGGCGGUCGGGACGCACUGGGGGCAUUUCACAUGUGCAAAGGCAGGACGCGCUCGUCGCCCAGCUUACGCAGAGCUACGACGCGCCGGGAGCCCUGCGCGAGGAGGGCAUACGCCACGACAACGACUCGGCCGUGAUUCAGGAAAUCAGGAUCGCGCCUACGCACCAGGAACUGAUGUGCCCGGUAGACCCUUACCUUCCGUACUUCGUCGCCAAUGCGCCGCACCAUCUACCUGCCAAUUCGAUGCAGAAGCACCUGGAUAUUCAGUUCCGCUUGUUGCGCGAGGAGAUGAUCUCAACUGUGAGGCGGUCGGUGAACGUCGUCAUGGAUGAUUUACACGAAAUGAGGACCUCAGCGCUGCGUCGAGGCCAGCAGCAGCGAACGACUCAGCUCGCAAACUUGUUGCGAACGGGUGGCGGCUCGUACCGCAGCAGUGGUCACGACUCGGUCUUCUUUCACCUUUACUCCGGCGCCGAAUUCUCGCCCGCAAAGGCCGAGCGCCAAAAGCUUACGGUUGGCCUGCGUGUCGACGCUCCUCCUGGCGCAGCUCGCGACGAACACCCGCAGAAGCGAUUCGAGUAUUGGGAGCACAGCCGGCGUCUGUCCAGCGGCAACCUGAUCGCCCUCGUACUAUCCUCCAACGACGAGAAUCGCAUCUUUCUGGGCACCCUGCAAUCCAACGGCGAGGAGAUUGGCGAGUCCGCGCGUGCGAACGCCGGGCGAAUUGAAGUUCGGGUCUCGUUCUUCGACGCCGAGAUUGAGCUCUACGCACUGCGAAACGAGGCGAUCUCGAAUGUUCAGCAAGGGAAGUACGCGUUCCUCGUCGACAACAGCGUCUUGUUCGAGUCGGCGCGCCCAUUUCUGGAGACGCUGCAGGCCGCGGAGCCGACAGCCAUACCGUUCGCAGACUACAUCGCAAGGGAGGGAAGUCUACAGGGUGUUCCGAUGCCGCCGCCGCGGUACACGCGCGCGCCUGGGUUCCGCUUCGACCUUUCGUGCUUGAUGAACCCUGGGGCGAACAUAGAUCGCUUGGAUACGCAGAACGCUGCAUCGAUUGCUCGAGUUCGACAGCAACUCAUCGACGGAAGCUACCUGGAUCACUCUCAAGCACAGUCUGUAGUAGAUACGCUGACGAGAGAAAUCAGUUUGAUCCAAGGCUUUACAGGAAAGGAACUUUUGCGGGUCCUGUUCAAGAACAAGAUCAAGCCCAUUGUACUGAUCGCCUAUACCAACCACGCGCUGGAUCACAUGUUGAGAUCUGUGUUGGACGCCGGCAUCACCACGAACAUCGUCCGCCUGGGCUCUCGAUCCACAGAUGAGCUCGUGUCGCAAUACAAUUUAAACGAGCUUGAGAGGGUUGCCGGACGGACAUCGCUGCACAGGACUCUUCAACGCGAGUACGCGAUCAUGAAGGAAGCGCAGGAGAAGAUGGACAACGUCAUGGACACCAUCCAGGUACCCUUCGUGCACUGGUCAAAAGUCAAGGAGUAUCUCGACCUUCACGAGCCCGAGCUCGCGCGCAAGUUCGACGAUGACACUCCUUUUUGGAUCCAGCAGUUACAUCGGUAUCAACUUCAGGAGGAAGAGGAGAAUGGGGAGUGGACCGAGGGAGUCGCGGAUAGCGAGGCUGACGUCGAGGAUGUCGACGAAAGCUCCUUCCCAGACGCUGCGCAGCCGCCCCCGGGCGCUGUACCGGACCCGCGGUUAUCUUUCUUCCUGUCGCUUGGCUUUAGCUCCGUGCCUCCCAUGCCGGCAAACAAUCCGCGUGCUCGUAGCAUUGAGCAGCUUCAGGCCACCGAGAACCCAUGGAACCUCAACCUGCGCGAUCGCACGCGCCUAGCAAAGCACUGGGAAGAGGAGGUUCGGCAGAUGGCGUAUGCAGCAAACCUGGACGAGUUCGAGCAGCGGCGCAUCCAAUACCUUGAGGCAUGUCAGAAUUACGACAAUGUCAAGAAUGAGGUAGAGUUGACGAUCAGACCAUACACGCUUCAUUCACUUACGCAUAUGCAGUCCCGCCGAGAACUGCUCCGCCGUACCGAGCUCAUUGGUUGCACGACGACGGGCGCCGCGAAGCUCGUGUCCCUGCUCAACGCGAUCUCGCCAAAAGUUCUCAUGGUGGAGGAAGCCGGCCAAGUUCUUGAGGCGCACAUUCUCGCAUCACUCGUACCAUCCGUUCAACAUCUCAUUGAGAUAGGCGACCCACAGCAACUACGGCCCACCUUGGCAACUUACGGUCUGUCGAUGGACCAUUCUGUCGGUGGUCGCAUCUAUAAGUUCGACCGCUCGUUGAUGGAACGUCUCGCCGACAACGGUGCCCCCAUGUCUCUCAUCAAUGUCCAGCGGCGUAUGCGCACAAACAUCGCUGACUAUCCAAGACUGAUACUGUAUCCGACGCUGAGCGAUCAUCCCCUGGUCGAGCAGUACCCAGAUGUCCAGGGUAUGCGGCAGAACGUCUUCUUCUUUACCCAUACGCAUCAGGAGAAUGGUGAGAAGGACUCGGUCUCGAAGUUCAACAUGUUCGAAGUAGAAAUCAUCCGCGACCUCGUCAUCUAUUUCCUCAAACAAGGUCCUUACACCGGGAAGGGCGAUAUUGCCGUCUUGUGCGCUUAUCUUGGACAGCUGCAGAAGGUGCGCGCCGCGCUCAAGGAUGCGAAGCUCGCAGUCUCUUUGGACGAGAGAGACCAAGAACAGCUCGAACGUCAAGGGGGUGAGGAACUGGAGCCUGGCGAAUCAUUCGAGAAUGUCCAGGUGGCGAAGCAUAUUCGUCUCGGUACUGUCGACACCUUCCAGGGUGAAGAGGCCAAGAUCGUCAUCGUCUCGCUCGUCAGGAACUCCGGUGACUUUGCAGGGGACUCACCCAUCGGUUUCCUCAAGGUCGUGAACCGCAUCAACGUCGCUUUGUCAAGAGCAAAGCAUGGCCAGUACAUCCUCGGAAAUGCAGCGAAUCUCCGCCAUAACGCCACCUGGUCGAAGAUCUUGGACGAGAUGGAGGCGAAGGGCCAAGUCGGUACUGCGCUGCCUAUCGUAUGCCCGCGCCAUCCAGACACGACCCGCGAGAUCGACGGGCCCAAUCAGCUUCCGCUAGAGGCUCCGGAAGGUGGCUGCCUUGCUCGCUGUGACUAUCAGCUCAAGUGCGGGCACACGUGCCAGUCGGUGUGUCAUCCUGACCUUGAGAUGCAUGGUCGGAUGAAGUGCACAAUGCCUUGUCCCCGCAUCAAGUGCCCUCGACAGCAUCCUUGCCCUCGCGAGUGCGGACAGCCUUGCGGCGACUGCGAGUUCCCCAUGUAUAACGUACAACUCCCUUGCGGACAUGUUGCUGCGCGCGUCAAAUGCCACGACAUGGAGAACCUUGCUUCCGUCAAGUGCAGGGUCAAGGUCACGAAGCAAUUGCCCCUUUGCGAACACAGCACAAUGGUAGAAUGCUACCGCGAUCCCGCAAAAGUCAACUGCAAAGCGUGUCGCCAGCUUACGGCACCCCGAGCCAGCACCCGCGUCGAACGCACAAACCAUCAGAGCCACCCGUGCGAGCGCAAGCUAUACUGUCAACACCUUUAUAUGCUCGCGCCUGCCUUGCGACGAACCGUGCACGACGCGGUCGUGCAUCAUGCUAACGCACUGGGCAAAGUCUGCGGGGAAGCCUGCGACGAGCAGGCCUGUAUAGAGUGCUUCACCGAAGAUCAGAGGGCUCAGAUCGUCGUCGACCUCAUCAUGGGAGAGACGGCUGCCGAUCUCGACCUGGACGCUUCGGGCAUGAACAGUCGCAUCAUCACCCUCGCAUGCGGCCAUAUCUUCACUGUGGAAACGCUGGACGGCCAUUGCGGCAUGUCCUCGUUCUAUGAGGUCGAGUACGCUUCUGACGGGACAAUUUCGCGUUACGCCGAUGUGAAGGCACCGCCGGUCGACUAUCAGAAUCCGCCCUCCUGUCCUACGUGUCGAGGCCCGAUCACGGCGCGGCGGUAUGGACGUGUCGUCAAGCGUGCUCAUCUCGACAUUCUUGAGCGUAAUGUCGCCAGCUCCAUGUCCAAAGCGCUGGGCGCCGCGACUCACGACAUCGGCUCUUUGGACACUCGCAUGUCCGACCUCGAAGGUGCAGCCAAGACCCUCAAGAGCGCCCCAGCCAGCAAGGCGGGCGAGGAGCUGGACACAGCGCUUACCACAUGGCGCGCUGCACAGGACAACACCAAAGAGGACGAGCCGAUGCCGGCCAACCUGUUCGAUGUCAUGGUAGCACGAGGCUUUGGUAGCGAGGAAGCGAAGGCCUGGAGGAAGGUUGUGAAACCGUUGUUCGACGCGUACAAGAAGAUCGCGAAGGUCGCCGGGACGAAAGGCCCACACGUUCGCACGUACCAAGCAGCCCUCGCCACUCUGUACCGUCUCGAGCACGACGCCAUCAUUCGCGCUGGCGUAUCCAGUACUCCGGAGCCCGACGCCAUGCGCAUCGUCGACAAGAAGAUCGGGCAGCCGCCGCACAAAGCCGACACACGCUUCCAGGUGGACGCCUUCAUGUACUCCGUCGAAAUCCGCCUCCGCGUUGCGCAGGUUGGUCGCGCGCGCUACGACGCUCUCGGUAACGCCUCGGGAAGUGAUGAGCAGAAGGCGGUCCAUCGCCAGCUAUGGUUCACAUUCUUGGAGGUCGUCUACGCCAGUUGUUCUGCCGAUACAGCGAAGGCGCUGGAGAUGGCGAAUAGGUCUUGCGCGUCAAGACAGGCAGCGCGAUGCGCUCUGUUGGGCAUACGGGUCGACAUGGAGAAGUACCGCUUCUGUGUCUUCGUGCGACGGGAGACGCUACUUCGGUCGGAUAGAUAUCACGGCGAGCAACGCUCGAAGUUCGUACAGGACAUACGCGAUCAAGAGGCGAAAGCGCGCAGACAACUCUCGGUUGAAGAAAGCAAAUACGUCGCCGCUCGACCUUGUCGCACUGCGUCGGAACGGCAGGCCGAGCGCAAGUGGUACCAAGACAACUGCACCGCUAAGGCGAACAAAUAUAUCGAGGAGUAUGAGAAACUUGCGGAGCACAUCCAGAGCGACACAGCGUAUACGCCGCUCUCAACGUCGGAGAUGCAGGACAUCGUCCGCAGCAUGGGCUUCGGCUAUCGUGGACACUUCUAUAACUGCCAGAACGGUCAUACCUUCGUUAUCGGAGAGUGCGGAGGCGCAAUGGAGACGGCAAGAUGCCCCGAGUGCGACUGCCCCAUAGGCGGAUCGAACCACCAACUGCAUUCGUCGAACACGCGAGCGAUGGAGUAUGAGAACCUUGCAAGAGAGCAAGGCGGUCUUGACCCUCACUGGGAUUGGGGACGGGGUGCUUAG